AGCCAAAACCUGCAUUUAUAAACCAAGACAAGGUCCAGAAGGAGGUGAAUGCUGUCCUGACAGAAAGUGCCACCCUCAGCUGUGAGGUAGCACAGGAUGCAACUGAAGUAAAAUGGUACAAGGAUGGAAAACUGCUCAUUUCCUCUAGAAAAUUCAAAGUAGAAACUGUGGGCAAAACCCGGCGCCUUGUUAUAGAUCAACUGGAGAAGAAAGAUGCUGGAGAAUACAUCUGUGAGGCUGCAGGCCAGAAGCUGACCUUCAAGUUGAAACCCACUGAACCAGAGGCUAAAUUUGAAAAGAACAUUGUCCAGAAAGAGCCUCUCGUUGUUCAAGAACAUGAAAGCAUCACGCUGACUACCUCAGUAACGCCUGAAACUGCUGCAGUAAAGUGGUUCAAGGAUGGAACAGAAAUCAAGGCGAGCAAAAAAUAUGAGAUCAAGAGUGAGGGGGCCUCCAGGACGCUGACGGUGAAGCUGGCUGAGAGCACAGACGCUGCUGUGUACGCUUGCCAGACAAGGAGCGACAAGCAGGAAUUCAAAGUGCAAGUGAAAGAAAUCCCAGUGAAGUUUGCCAAAAAGCUCGAAGCCGUUAAUGCUGAGAUUGGAGGCAACGUCUCUCUGACCUGUGAUGUGAGCCACGCCAAAGGGAAGGUGCUGUGGCGCAGGAAUGGCGUUGAGAUCAAGCCUGGCAAGCAUUUCCAGAUUCACGAGGAGGGGGUCAAACGAACCCUGACAAUAACGGGGAUCCGGGCUGAGGAUGAGGGAGAGUACUCCUGUGAGUCCAGAGAUGACAGGAGCAGCAUUACCGUCACCCCCAAAGCUCCCAGAGUGGUGAAGUUUGUUACAAGUCUCAGCAGCGUGGUCUGUGAGGAAGGAAAAGAGGCUGUGUUCAAGUGCACCGUCUCUCCCAGUGAUGCCGUGGUCACUUGGCUCAGGAAUGGUGUCAAGAUUGAAGCCAGCAAGAAAUAUGUGAUCUCGCAGAAGGGCACCAACCACAGCCUCACCAUCACUGAUCUGAUGCUGGAAGAUGCAGCUGAAAUCUCCGCCAAUGCUGAGGGUGUAGAAAGCACAGCCAAUCUCAGAGUCCGAGAAGCCUCAAUCUCUUUCAAGAAGAAACUGGAGCCCAGAACAGUCGAAGAGAGGGACACAGUGACCUUGGAGGUAGAGCUGACCAAGCCUGCAGAGGUGAAGUGGAUGAGAAACAGCAUCAUAUUGAAGCCCAGUGAAAAAGUCGAGAUCAAAGCUGAGGGAGCAAAGCAUACCUUGGUGGUUAAGGACAUCACCUUUGCAGACAGGGGCUUCUACUGCUGUGAGAGUCCUGAUGACAAGACCCAGGCCAAGAUCAACGUAGAAAUGAGGCAGAUCAAACUGGUGAAAGGUCUUCAGCCCCUUGAAGUGUUUGAGAAAGGGACCAUCACCUUCGAGGCGGAGGUGUCACACAAGGACGUGGAAGGCACCUGGCAGAAGAAUGGCGUUCGGCUGAAGCCUGCACCGAAUAUCAGUAUCGGUGUCCUGGGGAAGAAACAUUCACUGACUCUUUCUUCGGUGACUCUUGAGGACGCAGGACUCAUCUCCUUCAAAGCAGAUGGCAUUCAUUCGUCAGGGAUGCUCACUGUGACAGAAUUGCCUGUGAGAAUCAGCAAACCUUUGGGAGACGUCAGCGUAACUCAGAAGGACAAGGUCACGUUUGAGUGUGAGCUGUCCAGGCCCAACGUGGAUGUUAAGUGGUUCAAGGAUGGGAAGGAACUCCGGCAAAGUAAAAAAGUGGGGAUUAUUUCCCAGGGAAAUAAGAGAAGCCUCAUUAUUCACAAGUGUGAAUAUGAAGAUCAAGGAACCUAUACGUGUGAAGCACCUGAAGACAAGACAUCAGCUACCCUAAAGGUUCAUG